CAAAGACCGGCACCAUACCCCCCUGGACCAAAUGGGCUUCCACUCAUAGGAAAUGUACUCGACAUGUCGUCGAAGCACAUGUGGGAGACCGUGGCUGAGUGGGGCCGUGAAUACGGUGAUAUAAUAUACGUCAACAUUUUGGGUCAGCCACUCGUAUUCCUCAACUCACCGAAGGCAGCCUCAGAUAUGCUGGAGAAGAAGAGCCUCAUCUACUCUGACCGACCUUCUCUCACUAUGGCUUGCGAACUCGUCGGAUGGGAGUGGACUCUUGGAUUGAAGCGCUUUGGUGAAGAGUUCCGGGCUAUGAGGAAACUGUUCCAUACGUACAUGGGAACCCGAGCGAGUGUGCAACAAUUUGCCCCUAUCGAAGAGGAGGAGACCAAGGCCUUUCUGAAGCGUGUUCUUGAGCAUCCGGAGGACCUUGCGGAAGCUAUUCGAAGGACUGCGGGAGCCGUCAUUUUGCGUGUCACAUACGACUAUGAGCCGAAAGAUCACGGCGACUCGUUAGUGCAGCUCGUUGACAGGACGAUGGAGCAGUUCGCAAUUUUGACGAGCCCGAACGCGUUCUUGGUAGAUGUAUUACCCAUACUAAAGUACAUUCCCGCAUGGUUCCCAGGCGCGAAUUUCAAACGAAUUGUACCUGAAUGGGCGCAGUGCACCAGGGAUGUUGUAGAAGUACCCUUGGGAUAUGUGAAGGAGCAAAUGGCCAAAGGAGUUGCCGCACCCUCGUUUGCUUCUAGAUUCCUGGAUGACCAGGACCUGCGUGAGGAAGACGAGCGUAUCAUCAAGUGGGCAGCAGGAUCAAUGUACGGAGGUGGUGCUGAUACAACUGUCUCUUCCAUCAAGACAUUUUUCUUGACGAUGACGCUUUACCCCGAGGCUCAGAAGAAAGCUCAGGCCGAGAUCGAUGCGGUUAUCGGGAACGACAGGCUACCAAGUCUGGCGGACCAGGGUCAACUGCCCUAUGUUGAUGCGCUGGUCAAAGAAGUGUUUCGGUGGCAUCCGGUUGUACCCCUCGAUUUACCACACCGCCUCAUGCAAGAUGAUAUUCAUGAGGGGUACUUUAUUCCUGAGGGAACUGUCGUCGUAGCCAACAUAUGGAAAAUGUUGCAUGACCCUAAGACUUAUGCUAAUCCCAUGGUAUUCAAUCCAAGCAGGUUCCUCGGCGAGAAACCUGAACUGGACCCUCGAGAAUAUUGCUUUGGGUUCGGAAGAAGGGUAUGUCCAGGGCGCAAUCUAGCUGAGGCAUCCGUGUGGUUGUCCUGCGCAAUGUCGCUUGCUGUUUUCAAUAUUAUGAAAGCUAAGGAUCAGGCAGGCCGUGCCAUAGAACCCGAGAUAGAUUUCUCGAGCGCGACUAUCAGCCAUCCUGCCCCUUUCAAGUGUUCCAUCACGCCUCGGUCGGACGCAGCGCGGGCGCUCAUUCUUGCGGAGAAUGAAGCUAAAUAGGAC